ACAUUGGCACCGAGGGUCCCGGAUCUCCGAGCAAGGUACUUCUUGGCAAACGGAAGCAGGAUAACAACGGUGACAACGAUGGGGAACAGUCUGACUCUAUGUUCGAGGCAGAGGGUCAGGGAGAAGCUGACGUUGAGAUGGAGGAUCAGAGUCACACAGAUGGGGACGUCCAGGAAGGCGGCAGCAAAGCUGAGGGGGACAGUAAGGCUCGGGUGGAACAUGCUCAGGACGAGUGCGAUCUGGGAACGUCUGCGUCAUCUCCAAUCCGUGUGGGACGUCGCUGGAGAAGCAAGUUUUUGUGCCUACUUUCCUCCAUUCGAUCUCGUCUUCUGGACCAACAUGGCAUCGACAUAGAUGAGCACGUCGAUGCCCCGUCUAUCACAGCCCUGCUCACUUCCCUAGGCGAGGAAGACCAAUUCACCCGCCGUGCGCUGUCCAUCCUUUUGCUGGUAGAGACAGGAUUGGCUGUUUUUGGGCGCCCGGAUACAGCCUCAAAUGCACACAGUGGACUUCUAUCGCGGAGCGAUAUCGGUAGAUAUCACGAAGGCGCCCGAGAUGAACCUGACACAGGCGAGAAGCGCAAGAGGGAUGAAUCCAACUCAGAGCCCAUGACCCGUAUCCUCAAGAUUGUGGACGAAUUUUUGAUGGCACCUAUCUCACCUUCCACAUAUGUCCUAGGUCCUGAGGCACAAACCGCCCUGGGAGGCGCUGCGCCACUUUUCAGCAACAGCACAGCCUGA